AUGCCGCCAGCCGCUAGUAUUGCUCGUCGACCUCUGGACCGCUCUCAGGUGAAGGCGCCGGGUUGUCCGGGAUGCUCAGCAGUGGUGGAGCAUCGCUGCUGCUGUCCACAGGGUGUGGGCCAGUGGUACUGUCCAGUCCUUCAGUGUCAGGCUCCUUGGAUUUUGUGA